AUGAGCCGUCCUAAUUACAUCGAAAUCCCCCCGGGGGAUUCGCGCUCAGCCAGUGCGCUGUCAAGGGGCCAAUUUUCACCUCGGAUCCAGCAUUUCGACGGAGAUGUGCCGCCUGCGUUGUCACCCUUGGACGCAAUCGCGGCGCGAAGCCGAAAGUUGGCCAAAGAGUUGGAAGAGACCAGGAAGGCUGGAGAACGACGGAUGAGCAGGUUGUCGCCGCAGAUUGUGACGGAUUCCCUGACCGAGCACCAAAACAAUCGUCCCCCGAUCUUUCGAGCCUUGUCCGACGGGCUGGAUACUGUUCCGCCUCUACCUGUGCUUGACAAAGAUCGCGGCGGUAAUUUUGCCCGUGUUGCUCAUCCUUUGAACCGGCCAGCCUCGCAACGCAUUCAUAUGGGCAGCAUCGCCUUUAAAGCCGUGGACGAACAAGCCAGUAAACAGCUGUCACCAGUACAAGAUUAUUUCGGUGCCCCUCGAGUAGAAUCCCCUCCGCCUCUUGAGCAUUCACCGCCUCAAAAUUCAGAGAGCCCGUCGCUACAUCCGCAAGCCGGGAGCACUUCUCAAUCAGAGCUGAGCGCGACUUUGGCGCCUCCCAGAUCCCACUCAGAUAGGCUAAGACCUUAUCAGGAUUCUGACGACGACUACACCAGCUCCAACGCCGGCUCGACUUUCUCUCAAUCGAGAAAACUGUCCUCCAGCAGUGGUUUCUCUGCUCCUCAUUCUCCGAUCUCGCCAUAUCUACAGUCUCACGGCCGCACUCCGUCGAAUGGCUCUCUUGAUUCUCCGACGAAACCCACUUUGACGCGAAAUUUUUCGCGCCCGAUGAGCUCAGCGAGCUUGACAAACCUAAAAGCAGAGAAGAGUCCCUCGAAAGCGACAUUCACAGACCGGAUGAGCCAGCUUCGGCUCGCGAAUUCUUUCGACAAUUCUACCUCGGCGCCGAAUGGAUAUCUUGCUGGGGAAGCGUCUUCGUACACUCAUGCAACCUAUAGCCUCCCGCGCGGCAAAGAUCUCACUGGCCGUACCUCCCAGCUUUUCUCCGCCCUGUCGACGCCGCAUUUUGAAUGGCAGGAACCCAUGUUCCCAGGCACCCCUCCACUAGAGGGCAAAAGUAGCACGGAGCUCCCUAUUCCGUCACCAAUAGCUUCAGCUCGGCCCAGCAGAGAGGACCAGAACCAGAGAUCCAAUUUGUCGUUCGAGCUGAAUGCUGAAGAUAGGCUUGUUGGACCGGACCGACCGUCGCCCGCAACGGCCUAUUACACGCCAACAGGCUCUGUUCGGUCAAACGAUUCUGCAGGCUCAAGGCCUUCCCUAGGCCAGCUACCACCUCCUCCUUCAGGAUUUAUGCUGCCUCCUACCCCUCUGUCACCUGUCGAGGAAAUGUCGCACUCUUCAAGGUCCACUAGCACCGUCCGGCCUACGACUGCUCGAAACGGCAGUAACUAUCAAGGACUUUCCACGGACGACCAUGUCACAAAAGCAAUCGAACUUCAUGAGGACGGAAAACUCAAUGAGUCGACAUAUCAUCUGCGAAUAGCCGCCAACAAAGGACACGCGACCGCGAUGCUUUUGUAUGCCCUUGCUUGCCGUCAUGGUUGGGGUCUCCGGGCCAAUCCGAAGGAAGGCGUACAAUGGCUUCGCAAGGCUGUAGAUUGCGCCAUGCUCGAUAUCGCAGAGGAUGAAGACCCGGAGUCUCGAAAGCCGGGUGUCGAUUAUCAUGACAAGAGGGCACACCGGGCCCAGUUCGCUCUGAGCGUGUAUGAACUCGGCGUCUCUCACCUUAACGGCUGGGGUGUGGAGCAGGACAAAACCUUGGCCUUGCGAUGUUUCGAGAUAGCGGGCAAUUGGGGAGACACCGACGCACUGAGCGAAGCUGGUUUCUGUUAUGCCGAAGGGAUCGGCUGCAAGAAAGACAUGAAGAAAGCAGCCAAGUUCUAUCGCAUGGCAGAGGCGAAAGGUGUCAGCAUGGUCGGAAACAGUUGGUAA